AUGGAGGCAAACGGCAAUAUCGUUGCUUUUGAAGGCCAUCCCGACGUCGUAUCGACUCAGCUCCGACUGCUGCCAACCUCGCCUCAGAUCCUCAUUCUUCCUACAGUCCAGUCUUACAUCGCCAAUGAUGAUAAUGAGCAGGCCUUUGAAGUGCGGUCGUAUAUUCGAAAGGUUCAUGAUGCCCUGACCAAGCGCCAUGAAGCCGCGCGCUGCUUUCUCCAAGGAGCGACCCCGGUGAACAAGCGACUCGCAUUCGUCAACGGCGGCACGCCGAGCGCUCAGGCACUGUGUAUCAAAGCAAUUAUGAAGCAUGAGACUGGUGGAGAUAGAGUUGAAGCGGAAGCCGUCUACGCCCAAUUAGCGAGAGAUGGAUUGGCUGGGCUUGAGGCUAAGAGCCGAAUUCACAGCCCGGUAGGCUCUGUCGGCGACGAAGCAAUGUUCGACGAAGAGCUCCACGAUCCCAUAACACGGGCCAUGAGAGCUGCUGAUGCUUUGGAUCGCCAGACUGCCAAUCUGCAGCCCGGUGAUAUGCUCGAUCUCACCUCAUCUACUCGACCACGAAGCUUGAGCUUACCGUUAUAUGGCUAUUCGGAUGGCUUUGGCGACGCAACUCCUUUUUUUCUCUUUGGCGCACACAUUGACGACGAUGAAGUCAUAGAGGACGAUCCCCCUCUAGCUCCUGGAGCGCCAACUUUUGCAUUAGUUGACUACAACCAACCAUCAAAACAAACACAAACCCCGCUCGACCCUGCAGAACUACCUUCAGCUUCACCGAGCUGCGCUGUCAAAUCACAAAGUCGAUCGACUCUGGGAGUAAAUCACGACACUGAGAUGCUUUCCCCCACAACCGAGACUUUCAAUAUUCGCACAGACGAUCAUGCCACCCAUGGAGAGCCCAUCAUCUUCAAUAGGAGUAAAUCGGUAUCGAGCUUCAAGGGACCACUUCCAAGAGUGAAGUCCUUAGAUAGAAUCUACCCGCUCAGUGCCAAGUUGAGGGAUCUUUGUAUUCCGGGGGCGUCUUCAGAAAUAAGUAUAGACUCUGCUACUCCUCGCCGCUCACACUCUUUCAUGGUUGCUAGCGAUCCUAAGCCUCCAAUUAUUCGAAAGCUAAGCUAUAUCGACCGACGAACGGUAGCAUUUAAAAGUCGUCGACCAACGGCCACUGUCGACCUGCCUCAUGAUAGAAAGGUGAACGCAGGGCAAAGCACCGCUGGCAUGUUUCACACUCAUCUUGGAACCGACAUUGCCAUUUCGGCUGAGAUGCAAUUUCAGCCAAUACUACCAUGGGUGGAAGAUUUGCUGGUCUACUUCAAAGACAAGACGCCAAACUUGUUGCUCUCUCUGAUCAUCAAAGCCUUUCAAACUGGCAAUUACCCUAUAUUAUCGAGUUCCACUCCGAGGUCCUCCAAUGCCACACAUACAACGACGGCCUCUCAUCACCUGCCGACUGCCCUUGGCCAGUCAUUGAACAAUAGGUCUCACGAAACUUCUGUGUUGAGCAUGACAGAUGAUGAUUAUGACCCCUUUGCCAAUUCACAGCCUCACCAGCCGCUUGGGAGCGAACAAAUCGGUCCAAUUGUCAAUGUCAUUCGUCCUCCAACGCCAGCACAAACACCGCCCCCUUGCAAAGCAAAAGAAAAUAAAGUUUACGAAUUCGAAAUUGGUUCUGGUCAAACUGCUGUCGCCAUCCAGAAUUCGCUUCGGUCAAUUCUCAGCGUAUAUUUCCCUCCCGAAGCUGACGGCUACCGGCAAUUCCAAUUUUCUCUCCUUCCAGAGUUUGAUGGGCUAUGGAAGCCUGUAUUUAGAGAAUCUGAGUCUAAAGGCUCCCAAAGAGAGAACAGCAGAAAAGUUGACCACAUCCUAGCAAUAGGAUCUCAACAAGGCGUGGACAAGGUAUACUCAUCAAAAAUUAUCAAGCAGUUGGAGACAAUCGGGACAAAGUCAAGCGACCGCCAGGGCCGCAGCGGUCGGGUAGAUUUCCGAUAUUUGCUUGCCAAUGCAAUGCAAGCAUUCACUGCACUACCCCUAACGAACCAGACUUCGGAUAACCCUUUCACCAAUUCGUAUCUUCUGGCGACGCUUCUAAUUCCCCAUCUUGAAACGUACUUGGCACUCCACUCGGAGAUUCGGUAUCUUUUAUUAGAGUACCCUCCAGAACACUUGCCUACGGUACUGGCUCUGCAAAAAUUAAUAGGCGUGGAAAUGAUCAAGGUAGCUCAAAUAGUCGAUUCUACCAACAAGGACCGUCUACCUUUUACUCAGAUUGGAGGUCCUAGCACUGGGGCCAAAACGGAAGCCAAAACACCUAACCUAUCCUCGCGCGCAUCACAUUCGGAAUUCACAGUUUCUAAUGCGAAUUUCUUGCUCACAUACACGGCUACCGCUAAGGACAUUGCGAAAUUUGUUUCCACUGUCUGGAACAUUCAAACUGAGACCGGUGACUCUGAGUCCUCGUCACAAGUGAGGAAAUUGAGUAGCAAGAAGCCGAGACCAGCACCACUGGAUGCUUCCUUCACCAAGUUCCCUCGUUCUUCAGGCUCGCUUCAUAGCAAACCGUCGCCUACCUCGGCGAUUGAAUCUUCUAGCCCCGGAUCUUUGACGUCGUCCUCCCGGCCGCAGUCAUUCAUAGACAUCAAAACGCCCAAGUCGGAUACCAUGUAUAGCCGAGCCUUCUCUCGACGGCGGCUGUUCCGCAGCGACUCAGCAUCAAUGACUACCUUUGAUCACGGUAGUGACGAUAGCGAAUUGGACCUGGAAGAGCGGAGACUUAUGCCAAUGUUUAUGAAAUCGACAGAGCGUCAGGGUAACACCCGAAAAGCCCUCAAAUUUCUCGGCUUGGCCUAA